AUGGCUCGGGUGUCCAGCUUCAGAGGGCCACUUCUGGUCCUGCUCCUACAGCUUGUCCUUAUUUGCUCCGGUCAAAGGAAUCAAGGACCUGCUGGCCCUCCUGGACCUGCAGGUGUCCCGGGAAUUGAUGGCAUUUCUGGGGAAAGGGGAGCAGAUGGCGACGAUGGUCUUCCUGGGCCUGAUGGAGAUGCAGGUAAACCCGGAUCUUCAGGGUUACCUGGGAUUCCUGGAAAUGAUGGUUUGACCGGCCCUAUUGGAGAUGUUGGGCCCGACGGUCCCCUUGGACAGAAAGGUGAACCUGGAAAAUCUGGACCUCGUGGAGCAGCUGGUGUUGGGCCAGAUGGACCCCCUGGACCACCUGGGCCUGGAGGACUUCCGGGUGAAGUGGGAAAAGUGGGGCCACCAGGGGCAAUGGGAGUGAGAGGGCCACAGGGACCUAAUGGACCAACAGGGCCCAGAGGUGCAGCUGGAAUGCUAGGCAGCGCUGACCUGUGUCAAAACUCUUGUCCACCUGGGACCCCCGGACAUCCUGGCCUUCCAGGCAUGAAGGGCCAUAAAGGUGUAAAAGGUGAAGCAGGAGAACCUGGGAAACAAGGACACAAGGGUGAGGAAGGAGACCAGGGUGCUUCAGGGGAGGUUGGAUCUCAGGGACCAACGGGCCCUCAGGGGAUUCGUGGAGCCAUGGGAAUGAUGGGGUCCAAGGGAGAGAUGGGAGCUCGAGGCCCUGAUGGAGAACCAGGUCCCCAGGGUGUUGCAGGGGCAACUGGGGAUCAAGGUCAGAGAGGUGUGAUGGGUGAGCUUGGGCCCAAAGGUGAAACGGGUAUUCAAGGGCCAAGAGGAAUCACAGGAGUUCCAGGUCCCAAGGGAGAGGCUGGUUUACCGGGUGUUGAUGGUCGUGAGGGUAUUCCUGGGAUGCCAGGAGCAAAGGGAGAGAUUGGGAAGUCAGGCGCUCCUGGAGAGGUUGGACUUCAGGGGCUUCCUGGGUUACCUGGUUCACCUGGACCAAAAGGAUCGGCUGGCCCUAAGGGAGAUGCUGGUCUAGGAGGCCUCCCGGGAACACUGGGUCCUGCUGGCAAAACAGGAGAGCGUGGAGAACAGGGGGAGGUGGGACCUGUUGGACCUAUUGGUAAUUCUGGAGAUGUGGGAGAACAAGGCCCCUUAGGUCCAGCUGGCAAGCCAGGUGCCAGGGGACCCAAAGGUGACCCCGGCCUUCCUGGUCUUCCCGGUCCUUCUGGCCUGCCUGGGGUGAAAGGAGAGAGGGGAGAUCGUGGAGAAGCAGGACCUAAAGGAGAGCAGGGUGUGCCAGGUGAUGAGGGAAACCCUGGAGACAAAGGGGCUGUUGGUGAAACAGGAGACAGUGGAUCAAAAGGAGACGUUGGUAAUCCUGGUGAGCCUGGCAGAAGGGGUCCUGAGGGAAGUCGAGGCCAGCCUGGCAUUGAGGGGCCUCCUGGCUCACCUGGUCCUCGUGGCAUGCAGGGAAACAGGGGUCUACCUGGAGUCAGAGGGACCCAGGGUCCUGCGGGUAAAGAGCCAAAUGAUCAGCACAUCAAGCAAGUUUGUAUGCGAGUCAUGCAAGAACAGCUGGCCCAGUUAGCUGCUAGUUUACGAAGGCCAGAGUCUGGCGUGGCUGGUUUACCUGGCAAACCUGGACCUCCAGGGCCUCCUGGGUCCCCGGGAGACAAUGGCUUCCCUGGGCAGGCAGGAACAAGAGGUCUUCCAGGACUCAAAGGACCACCUGGACUUCUUGGAAUGAAAGGACCCAAAGGUGAAAUGGGUGACAGAGGCUCUAGAGGACCCACUGUGCGAGGACCUAAAGGUCAGCCAGGACCUCCUGGACUUCCUGGUGAACCUGGCAAACCUGGUUACGGUCAAGAUGGUCGGGAUGGGCAGAGAGGACCUCCCGGUGUUCCUGGACAGCCCGGUGUGCCUGGGCCUCCUGGUGCAGCUGGUCCUAAUGGUUACUGUGACCCAUCAGCCUGCAACCUACAGCCAGGAGCUGCCCACCAGUCUCUGGAUGUGAAGGGACCUGCAGGGAACUGA